GCCGACGGCGACUCCGAUGAUUCGGUUUCCAGUGAUGCAGAGGCCGCCGCUGACGAGGGCGCGGAGCCGGAGCCGGCACGGAUCAAUGCCUCGCCGGUGUCUCCUGCAAGCGAUUCUGAGGAUGAAGUUCUUGCCAGCCCGAGCGCAAAGCCGGAGGAGGACGUGAGCUCCGACCGCAGAGACGACAGCGACGCGAGCCCUGCGCCGUUGGAGGAUGAUGAGCCCGGCGACGCAAGCCCUGCGCCGUUGGAGGAUGAUGAGCCCGGGCCCGGGUGCUUGCGCCGAGGCAAAUCGACUGUCAACCUGGGUGACCUUACCUGCCAGGCUGUCCUUGCCCUUUGCAAGGCUGAGAGUUCCGAGUCUGAGGCCUCUGAGGCCGAGGAGAAGAAAGAGCAGCCUCUUUCUCCCGACGCCGCUGAGUCGGAGGAAGAAGAGAUGGCGGAUGAUGAUGCUGGCGUCAGCUCGGGGAACGAGGAUGGCGAGAGCAUCGAUUCUCAGAAAACCUUGCAGCUCGGUGAGUGCCCGCCCCGCAAGAAGCAGAAGAAGUUGCCGGCCGCGACGUGCUCAGCGAAGGAGAAGGCCGUGGCGUCUGCGGAAAUGCAGCGUGCAUUGGUCGAGGCAGGGCGCGAUGGAGUGCCUAGCAGACCGGGAAAGAAAGUGGCCGACGGCAUGAAAGCACUUUCGACCCCUCCGUGCAAGUCGAAGGGUGUGCAUGCCGUGGAUACGCUUACCCCAUCCCCGGUGCCGAUGCAGACUGCAAAGACGGCGAGGCGGCAUGUGCUGAAGAAGUCCAAGGCCAAGGCGAAGGAAAUCAAGCUUGCCGACCGGGCCAAGGGUAUCUAUGGAGAUUACAAUUUGCAUGAUUUGCAAAUUCCAAAGGCUGCUUGGCCUCAGACCAAUCGCGAGAACAAAGGCAAGCACAGUUUCACUCUCAAGUCGGCCGUCGGCCCAGCCACCAUUGAAGUGUUGGUGAGGACGAAGGCCUUCUUUUUGAAGCGCAUCAAUGAGGAUGCGAGCGGCCCCCUGGGGCAGAUCAACUUCAAGAGGUUCGGCUCUGUCGCAGAAGCAUGGGCCGCUGCGAAGCAACGGUCUGGGUAUGUGGAACCAUGA